CUUCAUCACCGUAUAGCAGAAUUCAUUUACUUAACGAACUCACAAAGCUAACCCAUGUCGAAGGUGGUUUGUGUCACGGGAGCCAGCGGCGCCAUCGGAUCAUGGGUGGUCCUCCUCCUCCUCCAGCGUGGCUACACCGUCCACGCCACCAUCCAAGAUCUCAAGGAUGAGAACGAGACCAAACAUCUGGAGGAAAUGGAAGGAGCUAAGAGUCGUCUACGACUUUUCGAGAUGGACCUUCUUGACAUUGAUUCCAUCGCCGCCGCUGUAAAGGGUUGCGCUGGAGUUAUCCACCUAGCAUGUCCUAACAUCAUAGGGGAAGUCAAAGAUCCCGAGAAGCAGAUUAUGGAACCGGCGAUAAAAGGAACGGUGAAUGUGCUGAAGGCGGCGAAGGAAGCAGGGGUGGAGCGAGUGGUUGCGACGUCGUCGAUCUCCGCCAUAACGCCGAGUCCUAAGUGGCCAGCUGAUAAGAUUAAGGGAGAGGAUUGUUGGACCGACCUUGACUACUGCAGGGAGAAGGGGUUAUAUUAUCCAAUUGCAAAGACCCUUGCGGAGAAAGCGGGCUGGGAUUUUGCUAAGGAAACGGGUUUCGAUGUGGUGAUGAUAAAUCCUGGCACUGCGUUGGGCCCUCUGAUUCCACCAAGAAUCAAUUCCAGCAUGGCUGCGCUUGCUAGUAUUCUCAAAGGUGACACAAAAACGUUAGAGGAUUUCUUUAUGGGAAUGGCUCAUGUUAAAGAUAUAGCCAUGGCACAUAUUUUGGCUUUUGAGAACAAGAAAGCAUCAGGAAGGCACUUGUGUGUGGAAGCUAUUCGUCGCUAUGUUGAUUUUGUAGAACUGGUUGCUGACUUAUGCCCUGAAUAUAAUGUGGUUAGGGUGUCAAAAGAUAACCAAACUGAGUUGUUAAGGGCAAAGGAUGCAUCCAAGAAACUGAUUGAUUUAGGACUAGAGUUCACUCCUGCUGAACAAAUUAUCAAAGAGUCAGUGGAGUGUUUGAAGAGCAGGGGUUAUAUCUAAUUUCUCAGCUGCUGCAGAAACCUAUGGGGAUUGAAUGCACUGUUACAAUUGGUGAUGGUGUUUAAUAUUCUUCUAUCAUUAAUUUGUGUCA